AUGCGUCUUAAGACCACAUCCAUGUCCUGCGCCUUGGCGUGGGGCCCGAGUAGUCUCGGCACCCCGACGUUUCUCGCGGCAGCAUCUUUGGCGGGGGCGAUGGAUGAUGACUUCAGCAACGAGGCCUUCUUGGAAAUUCGUCUCGUGGAUGUUACACAGACGGAUGAAACCGAUAUGCCCGUAGUGGGCCGUACACUCAUCCCGGAAAGGGCCAUGCGAGUGGAUUGGUGCCCUUUUGGGGCGGCAUGCGGAAUGAUCGCCGUUGCGUGCUGUAACGGCGCGGUGUACGUGUACGAUGCGGAUAUCAUCAUGAAGAACCACCAGCAGAACCCAAACUACAAUACACAUGACCCGCUGCUCUGCGCUAUUGUUGAGCAUCGCGGUGCGGUGCGUGGCUGCCAGUUUAACCCAUCUCAACCGAAUUUUCUAGCUAUUGGCGCUGACGAUGGGGAAUGGGACGUGUGGACUCUCGAAGACCCACGGGAGCCGCAGAGGGUUCCUGUCAUGUCAAACGCGGCCCAUACCGCUGCCAUUGUUCACCUGCAGUGGCACCCAAAGUACCCGCACAUCAUUGCGACCGCGUCGUCGAACAGCAUCGUCAAUGUCUGGAACCUCAAGUCUCAGACCCUCGCUGUUACACUGAAUGUAUCGAAAGGAGGGAAGACGGGGGUGAGCGCUAAUGCGAUCGCAUGGCACCCUACUGUGGCGACGCAGAUUGCCGUCGCACUUGACGAGAAGGAUCCUGCAAUUCAAAUUUGGGACCUCAAGAAGUCGAUGCUGCCUUUGCGGGAGAUGCGUGGUCACAAAGGUGCUGUGACGGGGCUUGCGUGGAACCCCGAAGACGCAACGAUGGUGGCUUCGUGCGGCGCCGAUGGUAAAACGAUUUGGUGGGAUCCCGCCACAGGGGAGCGGGGAGGUGCACUACAGGAAGAGAGCAGCUAUGUUAUCGAUGUCCAGUGGUCGCCGGUGCUGCCAGGCGUCUUGGCAACCUCGUCUCUUGAGCCGCUGUUGUGCGUGUCGACGGCGGAGGACGCAUCCGCCGCCAACGCCGCCAGCGCACCAGUGCCGAAGUGGCUGAAGAAGCCAUGCGGCGCGUCCAUCGGGCUGGGUGGCUUUGUUGCCUCGCUCGCCCGCAACUCCACCACAGCGAUUGACCUCACGCAUGUCUCGGGUAUAAAUGUAAUGAGCCCAACAACAUCACUGGAUUUGGCGUUCGGAGAGGCCCUAAAACAAUAUCCGCGCGACUCACCGGAGCGGGUUCAGUGGCUGAAGGAAAAGAACUACAACCUCCUCGCUGCUGCGGCGGCAUGCAAGAGUGACCGCACACCCAUCCUCGCAUACCUAAGCGAGGAUACCGCGCCAAACGACGAAGGUGAAGACCCGUUUGAAAGCAUGCAGGCGUCGCAGAAGCCACUUGAAGAGGUCGCGGCCGCUCAUAUUUCAGCCGGCCGCAUCCGUGAGGCAGUUGAAGUGUGUCUGGACGACAACCGCUUUGACGACGCCUUUGCAAUCGCCUACCUGGAGGGUGGAAAGCUUUUAGAGAGGGUGCAUCAGGAGUACGGACAUUAUACAUUGAAGCAUUGCCCGGCGAAGCGGCACGUUGUGUAUGCGUCGGCCAUUGCCUCUGGCGAUUUUGGCACACUGACUGCAGGUGAAGGUGCCCCGUGGAAGGAGGCUCUUUCCGUCAUUAUCUCAUUUGUGGGCGACGGGUUUGCAGAGGCGUGCGACAAGCUGGGGGAUGCGCUGAGGAAGCAGGGUAACAGAGAGGGUGCCAUGACGUGCUUCGUUUGCAGUGGCAAUGUCGACGCAGUGAUGGAGCUCUGGCGUGAGGACCAAGUACCUGUACGAAAAAUGAUGCGUGAGGUGCUUCUUCUUGAGGAUGUAACGGGCCGCCGUGUGACGUCGGCUUUUUUCGCUGACUCUCUGUAUGAAUAUGGCAUGAGAUUGGUGGGUGAUGGAUUGAUCGCAGAGGGAGUUGCAAUUUUGCAACGUUCAGCGAGCAUUGGUAAUUGUGGUGCUGCUGUCAUGGUCGAUCGUCUCAAGUUCGAGGUACCGGUAGGCCAAGUUGCUUUUCCCUUUUCAGUAAUACAGCUGCCGGAGUCUCCGAGUCCAGCGUGCGUCGCCUUCUUGGCGGAAAAGCAACAGCAACAACAACAACAGCAACAACAACAACAACAACAGCAACAACAACAACAACAACAGCAACAACAACAACAACAACAGAUGCCCAUGCAGCAACCACAGCAGCAGCUUCAACCGACGCCCAUGCAUCUACAACAAAAGCAGUCGAUACCCAUGCAGCAACCACAGCAACAACAGCCGCAGCGUCAAGUGAUGCCUAUGCAGCAGCAAAAUUUUUACGCGCAGCAGCAUCCGGCGCAGGGUGUAGUAGCGCCUCCGAUGCCCCCAGGUACGGGCACGCCGGCACCUCGCCUUAUGCCGCAUCCCAUUUCUUCUUACUCGUCGAUGAAGCAAGGGACACCAGUCUCUGCCGUUCCCCCGCAACCAAUGGCUCCUAGUGCCUACAGCAAUGGUAUCCAGUCAGGUCCACCUAUCCAGCAGCCACAGCUGGCUGGACCAAGCGGUAUGGCUGCACCGCCGCAAAACUACGUUGACCCUCACAUGCCGCCACCCCCACUAUCAGCCGCAUCACGGGGUUCGUCCNGUAUGGCUGCACCGCCGCAAAACUACGUUGACCCUCACAUGCCGCCACCCCCACUAUCAGCCGCAUCACGGGGUUCGUCCAUGCCCGGGAUGCAGCCACCGCCAGGUCCACCUCAACCUUCCAGGACACAGCAGCCUAUGCCGUACCAGGGGACUAGUGGUGGUCCGCCACCACCGCCGCCCCCUGGUACAUCGACAAUGCCUCCCCAACAGUCUGGUAGCUACUAUACACAGCCCCAACCCGGCUUGCGUGGCCCCUCACUCCAAAACUCACGCCCGGCGGGGUUUGAAGAAAAUACACCGUCACGUGGUACGCACCUUUCCGCGAGUGCCUCGUCGCUGCACAACAAUCUUCCGCCACCACCACCACCACCGUCGUCAUCGUCAUCAACAACAGGGGCAGCAGUAGCAGCGGGGAUGCCGUCACCACCGGGGCGAGCCCCAAUGCCAGCACUCGGUACACACUCAAUGAGCGGCACCACUCCCAAGGAAGAAGUACCAGGUGGCAUGCAGGCGAAUUAUCGUGGCAUGGGGGGUGGACUGCCGCAUGCACCACCGGUGCCGUCUCAGAACAACCUCUUGCCUCAGAAUGCAGUGCCACAGCCUGAGGUAGCCACUCCUCCAUCCUCUGCGUAUCGUGCGCCAUCUUACGAGCAGAGAUCGUACCCACCAGCGCCAUAUGGCAGUAGUGCAUUCCCUUCUGCGAUCCCUUCACGUGUCCCGCCUAGUAGGCCGUUGGCCGCGGGCGAAGGCCUUGAUGAUGGCGGUUUGUCGCAAUUUGACAUGAACUCGUUGAACCCCGCGCACCAAGCGUUUGCUCAAAAGCUGCGUGCGGAUAUUCAGCAAGUAAACAGUGCUCAACGUCGCUCGGCGGUUUCAAAGGCGGCGAUGGAAUUGUUCAGGUUGUUGCAGCGAGGUGCUCUCUCGCCAGAGGUGGUUGGACUUAUAUCCAACUAUAUCAAUGCGACGGGGACCCCGGCGGCGAAAAAUGUUUGGCGUCAACUCUCUGAUACCCACUUUGACGCAAUUCAACCGUUUCUGAAUCUCAAAUUUCUUUGA